UACGGCCGCCAGCUGAAUGAGCAAAGUUGGCGAAUAAGAGUUGUCAAUAAGCGGUCUCACACUGCAGCUUCAUUCAGCCACGCCAGCGCAGACAAUGAUUGCCUGGUCGCGAGCGGCUAUACUUUGGGCCUUUUAUUCCCCCUAUCCCACUGCUCAACUCACUCUUGCUUCUCAGACGCCCACGCACACAUUAACAAUAUGCCACAGCAAAACCAGAGACCACGGAAAAGUCACGGGAAAGUGCCUCCCUGCAAUGACCCUUGGGUAGCUGAGAACUCUCAUAUAUGUCGUUACUGUGCUGCGGUCGUCAUCGACCCCCAAUCCAGCGAUGAUCGGGGGUCGAGAGCAACAAAGUUCAAGUAUGGUAGAGUCAAACAUGCGCGAAGAGCUGCGGUAAAAGGCUGCAAGCUAUUUCAUGACGUUAUCGACAAAGACGGACGACGCGACAUAGAUGGCGAGGUUUAUUUUGGAUUCUCUUUCACGCCGUGGAACCACAGCAAAUUCGACUUGAGCUAUUGCAGAGUGGAGUAUUUGCCGAGCAGCCAAAGCUUGCCCUUUAAGGUCGACAUCGCGGAGAGGUGGUCCAUUGCUGUCAGUCCUGGUGACCCGGCUGCAGCCUACAUCUCCACACCAUCUCCUAAUUAUAACAUAAACUCUACUAGAGCUUAUGAGUUUGCAAAACAAUGUCUCAAGGACUGCGAAUCUCACCAAGACUGUCACCCGCUCACCCCCGCGAAGGGAGGACCACGGAGACUUAUCGAGGUUGGAAGCGACGACGAACAACUCAAGCUUAGAGAGGACUUCCCUGAAAAUCCAAAAUACGCGGCACUAAGCUAUUGCUGGGGUGGAGAACAAAAUUACAAGACCAACCCAGGCAACAUCAUGAGCUAUCAACAAAAGUUAAAUCUGCCUUCAACAGCCAAAACAAUCCUUGAUGCGAUCUCAGUGACUAGGAAAAUUGGCCUUCAAUACUUGUGGGUGGAUGCUCUUUGUAUAAUCCAGGAUUCACCCGAUGAUAUGGUCGCAGAGCUAGCACGCAUGCCGGACAUAUACAAAGCCGCCUACGUUACCAUUGUAGCAUUGACCUCCGACAAGAGCUCUACGGGUUUUCUUGAGCCCCGAACGCCGCCAAAGCCUAUGUAUCGGCUUCCAUAUCAGUGCCCGACAGGAGAACUUGGAUCGGUCCUACUCUUUGACCCUUAUAUACCGGGGAUCAAUAGCGACUAUACCAUCAAAACCCGAGCUUGGACGUUCCAGGAAGAAAUCUUGUCUACUCGAACUCUCGAAUUCGGGAACGAUAUGUUGUGGUGGUCUUGUAACCAUGGUAUCAAAAGUGACGGGGGUAAAUAUCAUGAUUUCCAGACAAAGAAUCGAAAACUAUCGGGUGACCCCGAAACAGUAAUGAAAGAGUGGAAGAGCAUCGUCAGAACGUAUACUGCACGAAAAAUGACGAACAAAAACGACAGAUUCAACGCGAUAGCUUCUAUCGCAGCUGAAGUCGCUCAGAUACUGGAAAGAUCCACACCAGGAGUUUCGACUCGUUAUGCUGCAGGGCUCUGGGACACCGAUCUUUCGGCACAGCUUCUUUGGCAUACACAGAGGUAUUCGAAAUUGCAAAACACUCCAGCGUCAUACCGAGCACCCUCAUGGUCUUGGGGAUCAGUGGAUGACAAUAUCACAUUUUGGGAUAACAAUGGCAGUCUCCAUGAAGAUCCACGGUGGCAGAUCGAUCUAGAAAACGAGAAACUGUCUUACGGGCAAGCAAAGAGUGGGUUCCUUGCACUUGUCGGUCAGGUUAAGAAAGCUGUUUGGGCCAAGGGACGAGAACACCUCCAAGACGAGAACUUUCCGAAUGCAGGCCUUGGAAACCUGGCGUCGACGAUGCCUGACUUUCUCCAAGACCACAAGACUGAUAGUCUGGAUCUAAAAGUCUGGUGCCUUGUACUAGCCCAGAAGUAUCAAUUCCAUGCAAAAUACGGGUCUUCGUCAGAAAGAGUUGCGGGCUUGAUCUUGAGGCCUCUGGGAACUACAGGCCAGACAUCGCCCGCGAACAUGGAUUCGGUAAGGACAGUAGUGUCCAGUGCGAGUGAGGUGGAUGAAGAUGGGGUAUAUCGGGAUAAAAGCUUCCAAGAACCCAUUCUGCGCCAUACGGACAUGACUUUUGAUGCAAAUCCCGGCGACGAAGUAGCUAUUCCUGCUUGUGAAUCUUUCCUGUUCCAACGAGUCGGCUUUUUUGAGAUGCAUCAUGAUAUGGACGUCGUUCGAGGUUUCGACGAAUACGCAUCCGACUCAGACAUCGCCGAGGAAAAAGAGAAAUGGAAGUGGUUUAAAGACUGCCCUCGACAAUCAGUGUAUAUAGUCUAA